CCCACAACCAGCAAUACAUUUGGUAGUCCAUUGGGUAGACUUUUCGAACCGGCCCAACACGGUUUAAAUCAGUAUAUGAAACUCCGGCCGAUCAAAAUCAGCUGAAAUCAGUGAUGCUCGGAAAUGGAAGCAUCAGAUGAAAUAAAAACCUUACCGGAAGACAGUAUCAAUUGGCGAACUCGCUUUCUUUAUCCUACUCUCUUUGGAGGAAUUGUCGGAGGUAGCAUUGGAGCAUUCUCGAAACAUCGAAAGGUUCAUGGUGUGGCGAACAUGGCUGCGACUUACGCAACUAAUCUUGCCAUUGUCACUGGCUGCUAUUGUGGUGCACGGGAGAUUGUGAGAGCUAGCAGGCGUUCUGAGCCUGAUGAUCUUCUUGACUCGGCAAUUGCUGGAUUUGGUACUGGUGCUAUUCUUGGCAGAUUGCAAGGUGGUGUACCGGGUGCAGUUCGUUACUCUGUCGGGAUCGCCAUUGUGGGAACUGGGGUCGACUAUGCAGCUAUAAAACUAAGGCCGGUAUUCAAGAACAUGUAUGAAUCUGUAACUGCUGGUAAUGACAAGAAAAACACUUGGUUUAAAUGGCCUGAAUGGUUACCCAUACAAGUUCUUGAUGAGGAAGCUCAAGCUGCAAAGCGUGCCCGAGAGGAAAGUCUGCGUGCUCGGAUUCGUGAUCUAACAAAAGACGAGUCAUAGAAGAUGCUAGGUUUUACAGUGUGGCCCUUCUCUGCUUUUUCAUUACCUGCUAGAGUAGAAAGCAGAAAACUGUUGGUCUUAUUAAGGUAUUCAAGGUGAGUAAUUUUGAUCUGAAAGAUAUAGCCAGGGAUAACAAUGAGGUCUGUAUCAUCCUUUGGGUUGGUUACCGAGAACUUCUUGAAUCAAGUUCGGAUUCGGGUUUUCAGUUUGUCAAACACUUAUUAUAUAACUGGUUAAUUAGUUUUA